GGGGAUUUAGUGUACUUAAAUCAAAACCUUUAUCCCAAUUUAACACGACUAGGUCUUGAAUGUCGUUUCUGAUUGAAACCCAUCGUAGUCAACGUCUGUCAAUUCAUACCAGGAGUCCCUUUUCUGGACGGCUAGUGUCACUUCAGUCUGGGAUAACAUCGAGUUUUUGAAGCAAGCUGUCCACCUGAUAUGAGCUAUUAGAAGUUCUGAAAAAUGGAUAAACAAUCUGAGAUUAAACUGAAUGAGGAUGAGGUUACUGCUGUCUCCAGUAAUGGUGGUGAAAAUACAACCAUUUUCAUUCAAGUUAGAAGAUCACAGAGAAAAAGUAAGAAAAAAAGUGACCCAAGUUUCAUUGGAGAUGAAAAGGUGCAAGAUCAUCGAGCUGAUGAGGAUCCUGUAAUUUUUGAAGUGUGUGAAGUGAAAGGUGACAAUGAUCCAGAAAAAGAGGAAGAAAUAGAAGGAGAGGCUACCAAGAAUCCUACAGCAGAUGAAAUCCCUGAAGAAAAUCUUGUAGAUGAAGACGGGGAUGAAGAUGUUGAUUGGGAAGCAUUCAACAAAGAAUACCCUGAACUUAGUGAGACAGAGCACAAAGGAAAGUAUGGUUGUAAAGACUGCUCAAAGUCUUUUCAUCACAAAAAUGAUUUAGUGCGCCACAUGAAUAUCCAUAAUGGAACCAAACCGUACACCUGCGACACCUGCGGAAAAACCUUUUUACGCAGUGACUAUUUGCGGCUACAUGUCAUCAAACAUCAAGGAAUAAAGCCCCUUAAGUGUGACCUGUGCGAACGGCGUUUUUAUGACCGUUCAAACCUAAGACAACAUAUGAGAACCCACACAGGUGAAAAGCCAGCUAUGUGCCCCUAUUGUCCGCACCGGUGUUCCCAGCUCUCGGAUAUGAGGAAACAUUUGACUAUUCAUACAAAAGAGAAAGCAUUCCAAUGUGACACCUGUGGUAAGACUUUCUCAUUAAAAACCGGAUUAGUUGCUCAUCAGAGACUGCAUACUGGCGAGAGACCUUUCGCUUGCGAAUUUUGUCCUAAGCGUUUCCGAGAUCACACUUCAAUGCGACGACAUCGUCGAAUUCAUACCGGCGACAAGCCUUUCCUAUGCACGCAAUGUGGCAAGACUUUCACUCAAGUUGCAAACAUGAAGCGACAUAUGCUGACACACACGACCGAGAGUAAAGGCCGACUUUAUCCAUGUCCUUUUUGCGGUGUUGAGCUUGCUUCCAAAAGCGAUGUACGUAGCCAUGUGGCCAAGGAGCACGAGCAAAAGAAAGAGAGCCAGCAGACUAAGGCAGCUGGGUCUUUGGUUGUAGAAGAUGGCCAAGAUGCGGAAUCUAAGAAUGAAUUCCUAACUGUUUAUUCCAAUGAAGAUCAGUCUUCCAAAGCAAAUGAUGAAGGCGAUGAAGCACACGUUUGUAACUUGUGUGGCAAAACAUUUCCUUUGGAUGCCAGCCUUCAGGAGCAUGUUAGGACACAUCUAAAUGCAUCUUCUAAAGAUUUUCAGUGUGAAACAUGCGGCAAGACGUUUUGCCAAGCAUCAUCUCUAAAGGCGCAUCAACUAGUUCACUCAGGAUUAAAGCCGCACACUUGUAAUAUUUGUCAAGCAAGUUUUCGCAAAACACACCACCUUCGCCGUCAUUUCCUAAUUCACACUGGCGAACGACCUUACCAGUGUGAUUUCUGUGACCGGACAUUUACUAGCAGUGGUAAUCUGAACAAACAUCGCGCUAUCCAUCUAGGCGAGAAAAACUUUGAGUGUGAAUUCUGCUCAAAAAAGUUUACCCAGUCUUCCAAUUUGUCGAAACACCGUGCUAUACAUUUAAGGCAACAAGCGGUUGUAGAAGAGCACGGACAAUCCGUGGAUGCACUUCUUGGGGCUGCCUCCAGCGCAACUGUAGCAAAAAGAGGUCGAGCAGGGAAGAAAAAAAACUAUGAAACUUUGGUGGACAAGCCGCUGGCCACGGCUAUUGAUGAACUCCAACAGGAAGAAUCCGAAGGGCAUGCAGCAGUCCUCCAUAUUGUUGGCACAGCAGAUGAAACCCAAAACGAUCAUGAAGCUGAAGUUUCGUAUGUCACUCUUUCUGAUGGUGAUAUCAUUAUCGAAAUUUGAUUUCGUUUGUCGGUGGUAUACCUUUUGUUGUGUUUACUCGUUCCCAUUAUAUCAAUGGAAACCUGUCUUUUACCUUGCAUUCUCAAAUUGAGUAUUCAUGUAUGCCCGUGUCGCAAGACAGUUGCCACUAACUGAAUAGGAACAGUAUUCGGAAGUAUUGCCAAGUUGUGUACCAGUGUCAAAAUACAUGAUCCAUGGUGACCUUCA